GACACACCACAAAAGAAUCAGAUGGAAACUAUUGCCUAUCGUGGUGCCCCUCACGAACUCAAAACCCUAUGAUCGUAGUUGGAUGCGGCAAUCAAAACAACGCCAAAAUUUUCCGACAAGAUUCAUCACAAAAAUGGCUGCCUCAUGAAAUAUUGGAUGGACAUAUGAUGCCUGUGUAUGAUGUUAGCUGGGCUCCCAGUAUGGGAAGGAGUUACCAUCUUAUUGCUACCGCAUCUAAAGAUCAUCAUGUUAGAAUUUUCAAACUAGUAGAUAACAAAAAAGAUGGUUUCGACGUCACGCUUGUCGCCCAACUUCCAGAUCACAAUGUAGAGGUUUGGAAGGUUGAAUGGAAUGUAACGGGUACUAUACUGUCAUCAUCGGGCGACGAUGGGAAGAUUUCCAACAUACUAAACAUAAUUCCCCUGGAAAACCAACUCCACACGUUAUCCUGUUCAUUCUCCGAUGAAGAUGACGAUUUUCGAGAAUUUUCUGUAGUGGUUGUUGAUAAUGUCGACGAUGAACUCGGACGUCGAAAUGACAAUUUUUCUGGUUGUUCCGAGGAAGAGUUGGAAAUAGUGAUUUCAGUCGAAGCCGAGGAGGCGAUAACCGAAAUGGGCGGAAGCAAUCGUAACGAGCGUGAAUAUACCAGUGGAGGCUCUUCAAGGACACGCCAAGACGACGCAGGCAAUGCUUCAAGUAGUGCGGGGGAAGUUGGAAGGGACUUUGCAAAUCGUUAUGGGGGAUUAUUUUCCGAGAAAGAUUGGAAGUGUCCGAUUUGUUCAAAUAUAAAUUGGGCCAGACGAAUAGAAUGCAAUCAAUGCAAGACACCUAAACCUGGUUCGGAAACGACAAUGGGUUCGCGAGAAGGUCGUGGAGGAGGGUUUAUGGAACGAGACGAGGUGGUUGAAUAUCGAAGGUCACGAGAUGCUGAAAAGGAUGACGAAUAUGAUGAAUUCGGGAGGAGGAGGAAAAAAAACAGGGAUUUUGGUAGCAACAAUGGAGUUGGGCUGCAUGGAAUGAUAUUAUUGGGAACGAUGAAAGCUCAAAUGAGAAAGAAAAUGGUAGAGAUAAUAAAAGCAAACAACUGUCCAGAGAUUUGCGAUCAGACAAUCAAUCUCGCAGACGUUCUUCACGGUCUCGAUCACCAUAUUACCAUGAUCGAAGCAGAAGAAGUCGAUCAAUCUCGCAAGAUCGUGGAAGAUAUAGGUCGAGGUCUCGGUCACGAGACCGGGACAGAGAUAGAGACAGAAGGAGAUCAUAUCGUAGUCGAUCAAGGUCGUUAUCUAGGAAUAGGAAACGAUCAUCUUAUAGGAGUCGGUCACGUUCAACUUCCAGAAAUCGUAGGAAACGAUCCACUUACAGAAGCAGAUCGAUAUCAAAAUCUAGAUCCCGUGAACGCAGACGCUAAAAUACAUCAACAUUUUGGGCGAGAUUACCACUUAAUUCCUGGGAGAUGA